AGUAAAUCUCCGGCAACAUAAAGUCCAAAGUCUUACCACUGAAAAGUACACUAUUACAUGGACUAAAAAACAAGUCCAACAUAGAAAUCCAUAUAUAAAAGCAUGUAAAUUUGAUGUAGUUACACAAGAUCAAACCACAUUUAGCUAAAAAAACAGUACAAGAAUGGAAGUAUUCAAUUGGUUCACUUGUAUACUCCCACUUAUUUUCAUUUUGAUAGUUCAUAAAUUUCUAACUAAAGCAAAAAAUCUACCUCCUAGUCCUCCAUCUCUUCCAAUUAUAGGCCAUCUACACAUGCUAAAACGACCACUACACCAAACACUUCAUGAAAUCUCCACAACAUAUGGAGAAAUCUUACUUCUUAAGCUUGGUGUCCGUAAAGUCCUCCUUAUCUCCUCCCCUGCAGCAGUGGAGGAAUGUCUAGUAAAAAACGACUCGAUUUUCGCUGAUCGACCUGAUACUCUCGUUGGUAGGCUGCUUCAUUACAACAACACUUCGAUUGCGUUUUCGCCCUACAAUGAUCACUUCCGGACUCUAAAGAGGUUGUUGACACAAGAAGUGUUUUCUUCCACCAAGAUACCAUUAUACUCUAGUAUUCGACAGGAUGAAUGCAACCAUCUCGUCGCCAGUCUGUGGCAGGAAGCUGUCACUGAGAAGUCUGUGCAAGUGAAUUUGAAUGGGGGAAUCAAUGAUUUAGCUCUCAAUAUUAUGACUAAGAUGACUGCAGGGAAGAGGUACUACGGCAAGGAUGUGGAGGAUGCCAGUCAAGCAAAGCAAUUCAGUGAGAUAAUUAGGGAAGGAUCAGAUUUAAGUGCAGCUGACAAUCCCGGUGAUUUUCUACCCAUGUUGAAGUUUCUGUUUCGAGGUUUGGAGAAGCGGAUGGUUGCAUGGAUGGACAAUACCGAUAUCUUCUACCAACGACUCCUUGAUGAGCGCAAGAGUAUGGUUCAUAAGGGUGAUACAAAGGCAAUCAUAGAUGUUCUU